AUGUCGCUCAACGUCUUCCGCGUCGCCGCGGAUUUCUCGCAUCUGGCAAGCAUCUUCAUCCUGCUGCACAAAAUGGUGCAGCUGAAUAGCUGCUCCGGCAUCUCCUUCAAGUCGCAAGCUCUCUAUCUCUUCGUUUACGUCACUCGAUAUCUUGAUCUCUUCGCGACCGAAAGCAUCUAUAAUCUUGUCUUCAAGGUCCUCUUCAUCGGCUCACAGGGCUACAUCAUCUACCUCAUGACCAACGCGUACAAGCCCACCAACGACCCCAAUGUCGACACCUUUCGCGUCCAGUACCUGCUCGGGGGCGCGGCCAUCUUGGCCGUCUUGUUCCCCUACAAGUACACCGUUUCCGAGAUCCUCUGGGCCUUUUCCAUCUGGCUCGAGUCUGUCGCCAUUCUGCCCCAGCUCUUCAUGCUCCAGAGGACGGGCGAGGCCGAAACUAUCACGACGCACUACCUCUUCGCCCUCGGCAGCUACCGAGCCCUCUACAUCCCCAACUGGAUCUACAGAUACUUUGCCGAACCCACCCACAAGCCCGACUGGAUCGCCAUUGUUGCCGGCCUGAUCCAGACCAUUCUCUACAGCGACUUCUUCUACAUCUACUACACCAAGGUUCUCAAGGGCCAGAAGUUCAAGCUUCCGGUAUAA